AGCGACGUUGCCUAGCUUCCUGGCUCUCGUAAGGAAUACGAUCAACAGCCUCUCUACUACGUAACGCAUCCACUCAUCAGUCUUACCAUGCGUCAUGGUGCAACUAUCCUCGCCAUAAUCGCCCUGUACGGCGUGAUCGCCUACCUGCUCGGCAUACCGUUACCGCCUCAGCCGUGGCGAUCCUACUUCGGGCUCGCUGCGCUGGAAGCUUUUUUACUCUGCUACAACUCCCCUGUUGUCGAGCGUAUGAACGGAGCCAGGACUGUGGACGGAUAUACCGAUGAGCAGAACGCACUCGUCAGGUCGAUCGAGGUCGAAAAGACGCGACGGGUGUACAUGACGCUCGUCAUGGUCUGUUCGGUCUUGGGUGAAACUGCUGUACUCUGUUGUCAUGAUGGCGCUUGGAUAGGUCCACAGACCGACAUCCAGAAGUUCACAGCAAUAAUUACCGGUAUGCUGCACGGAAUCGCUUGUCUCGGGCCCUCCAUCGCUAUCUCAGAGGAUAGGAUACAGCCGCUCGAAGCAGCCUUGGCCGAGUCCUUGUCGCCCACAGCCCCCGUCGAACCUAUCACCACUUCCGCUCAACCGGACCUCGAGGCCGGACUCGUCGAGAAGCAAUAAGGGUACAUCAUCGACGAGCAAAACGCGUGAUAUCUGUACCUCGUAAAAGACCUUGUUGUUCGAACAUCACCUUUACUUCACCCAAAGUUCUUUCUUGACGGAUCUGUCGACUUCAAUUUCAUGUAUCUGUAUACCACGAUCCUC